AUGGCGAAGGUAUUCGAUGCCGCAGAAGUCGCCAAACACAAUACUCCCGACAGUUGCUGGGUGAUCUUGUAUGGCAAAGUAUACGAUGUCACCAACUUUCUCUCUGAACACCCUGGUGGGGCUAAGAUUAUCCUGAAGCUCGCCGGCAAGGAUGCCACCGAGGAAUAUGACCCCAUUCAUCCACCAGGCAUCCUGGAGGAGAACCUCAAGCCCGAAGCGCUAUUAGGAACGGUUGACCCAGCUACACUGCCCAAGGUGCAAGGGGAGCCUACUCCUGCAGCGACGGCACAGCAGGAGGAGGGGCCCGUCCCCAUGGAGGCACUUCUCAACAUGGACGACAUUGAACAGGUAGCCACGAAGAAUGUCAGCCAAAAGGCCUGGGCCUACUACUACUCAGCGGCCGACGAUAAAAUCACCAAGAGCUUCAACACCGAGGUAUAUCGGUCUAUUCUCUUGCGACCCAGGGUCUUCGUCGACUGCACAGAAUGCGACUUGGAUAUUUCUGUCUUAGGACACAAGUUGGGCAUGCCUAUCUAUGUCUCUCCUGCUGCUAUGGCGCGCUUGGGUCAUCCUGCGGGAGAGGCAGGCAUUGCUGAAGCGUGCCGCAGCUUCGGCGCGAUGCAGAUCAUCUCCAACAAUGCGUCCAUGACACCGGAGCAGAUUGUCAAGGAUGCGGCGCCUGACCAGGUCUUUGGAUGGCAAAUCUACGUUCAGAUCGAUCGCAAGAAGAGCGAGGCGAUGCUGGCCCGCAUCAAGAAACUCAAGGCGAUUAAGUUCAUCGUCCUCACACUUGACGCACCAGUUCCUGGGAAAAGAGAGGACGAUGAGCGGGGCGGUAGCGUCGCCGCAGUCAUGUCUAUUCCCAGUGCUGCGAAAGCGGCUGACAAGGUCGCUGAUGGUGUACCGGCUUCGGGUGGUGUUGGAAAGCAACUGUUUGCGGGUACAGACCCCACCCUCACUUGGAAAGAGACCCUGCCCUGGCUCGCCAAACACACCGAUCUUCCCAUAAUUCUCAAGGGUCUUCAGACUCAUGAGGACGCUUACAUUGCAUCUCUCCACACACCGCAAGUCAAGGGUAUCAUCCUCUCGAACCACGGGGGGCGUGCUCUCGACACUGCACCUCCCGCAGUGCACACCCUUAUGGAGAUCCGCAAAUACUGCCCUGAAGUAUUCGACAAGCUCGAUGUCUGGGUAGAUGGUGGCAUCCGGCGCGGCACUGAUGUCGUCAAAGCUCUCUGUCUGGGCGCCAAAGCGGUUGGAAUCGGACGGCCUGCUCUCUGGGGCUUGGGAGCCGGUGGCGUUGACGGAGUCAAGCGUACUUUGCAGAUUCUUGCCGACGAGACCAUCACUUGUAUGCGGCUGCUUGGUGUUCAAAGAGUGGAAGAAUUAGGGCCACACCAUAUUAAUACCCGGCUCGUUGAGCAACAAAUUUUCGACGGACCUCCUGGUCUCGAUUCCAUACGGAGUGCCUUCCGCGCGAAACUUUGA